CACCCGGAAGCGCGGGAAUGCCCCGGGGCGGGCGCGGGCGGCCGCCAUGAGCAAGAGGAAUCAGAUCUCCUACGUGCGGCCGGCCGAGCCCGCCUUCCUCAGCCGCUUCAAGCGGCAGGUCGGGUAUCGGGAGGGCCCCACGGUGGACACCAAGAGAGAGCAGCUUCCCCUUGCAGAUGAUGAUAGUGACAAUGGCAGUGACAAGGAAGAUGAGCAGCCUCAAGUGGUAACACUGAAGAAAGGAGACUUGACUGCUGAAGAAGCAAUGAAAAUUAAACAGCAAAUCAAAGAGGCCUUAAAGUCAAAUGAAUUAGAUGAUGAACCAGAGCCUGCUGAUGGAAAAAUUAUGUUCAGGAAACCAGCCAAACGUUCAUCAGAGAAGUGUUUGGACUUCAAUGUGAGUUCAAGUAAGAAGAUGAAAGAAGCAAAGAAAACUAAGAGAGAAGCAACUACUUCUCAGAGUACAGCUAAGCAAGUAAAAAAUAGCAGUCUUCUCUCAUUUGAUGAUGAGGAAAAUGAUGAUUAGGGGUUGUGUUUUUUUGUAUUUUACUUGCCUUUCUAGAAAUCUGAGUAACAUUGAGGGCUUUCAUAGGAAUUGAAGCAUGGUGUUUGAGUAUUCUCUUACUUUGUUAUAGUCCAACUAGAGAAACAUAGUAUAAAAUUAGCUAGAACUAAGUCUUUGCAGUUCAGCUGUAAUUGUAUGAACAGUGUGUUAUGUCUUUAUUUUUAAAGAGAAUUUAACCAUGUAUGUAAAAGCUAUUUGAGGUCACAAAUGACUAGCAAAAUAUACCUGUACAUAUGCAUCUUAUGUAAAUUUUCAGUCAAUACAUUUUAAAAUGCCCUCCAUUACUAAAAAUGUAUUUCCUCUAUAUUGAAUAGCAUUAGUUGGCAGUUGUGUGGAUUUUACCUGUUAUUGUUGAAUUGACAUUCAAAAGAGGGAGACUUCAUUUCUGUGGAAGAGAGACUGAAGUUUUCUGUCUCACAGCUUAACAAAAGUUUGCACAACCUUUGCACUUGUGGUUUGGCAGACUAGCUCUUUGCAGAGCAUUGCAGUUGAUAAAAUCACUUAGUCCUAAUCCUGUCUUUGGUGAAUGCAGUCCAAGAAACGUCAAAUUUGUUUGAAUUGGUUGUAAUAGCAAGAUAUAAAGAUUUUGAUUGUAGUUGAUGUUAUCAACUAAUACAAAAGGAGCCUAAACCACUGGAGAUUGUGCACUUCAGAUUUGACACGGAUGGGCUCAGUGGUUUGAUGGUAUUUUGGGCUUAAAGUAUGCUUGUUCCAGUUGGCUACCUAUGUGUUCAUAAUUAUUUGGGAUCUCAGACAGCUUGUUUAAAAAGAUGUAUUUUAUUUUUAAGCUGGGGAAAAGCAUUAUUUUAUUCUUCAAGUAGGAAGUUUUAAACAGGAAAUUUAGGUCGGGAAACAUUAUAGCUGUGAUACAAAGUUUUAAAAUAUUUUAGUUGCCGGUGUAAAGUACACUGUUUAUGUAACAGAAUGCUGAAAUUCAAAAUGACACUGAGAGCUGAUGGGUUUGGGGAGAAUAAGGAAUAGGAAAUGGGACUAAUGACUUCGAAAUUAUUUGGAAGUAUGGUGUGUUCUGUAACCAUAUAUAAGCAAGAACUGAGAUUACUGCUGUUAAAGGGUUAUGAAACCAGUUCUGCUGUGUGACAGGACAUUUGAAAUUAUUUGGCCUGUAAAGCUUCACUGAGGAGCAAAUCUCAAGUUGCUGUGUGAAACAGCUGAUUUUAGUUUGUUCAUCUGGUAUUAAACAAUGAAUUAUGUUUUCUUUUAAGUGGUCCAAAGAUAUUUAAAUAAAAAUUUCAGUACAUAAGAUGAGAUUUUUUUUUUGUCACGUGACAUUAAAGCCUCCUGUAACUGCUACCUGUCUCUGUACAUACCAGCUUACUGCAGCAUAAUAUCAGAUACAAAUCUGCAUACUGUUCCACAGUAUUUGUGUGAGUGCCUGUUACCCUUAUUUUGAAAAUGAAUAGAUCUGUUGUCCUUUCAGAAAAUUGAAGCCAGACCUGUCAGUCGUGGCUGGGCUUCGCAAAUGAAGAUUUGGGGAGGGCUCUACCCACGUUUGUUACAGGCGCGCUGGUGGCUAAAAAGGCCAAUAUGAGACAGGCGCGUCCGGUUGCAAAAGGCACAGCAGAAAGACUCCUUAGGAGGUAAAUUCUGCAGGGCACCAUUCUUUCUGCGUUGUCCUAUAAAUGGAUAUUAAAAUCUUCUUGUAGCACUGGUCUCAUAUUAGAAUUGCCAAAGAGGUGCAGUGUGACAACCUGACUAUUCCCCUGAGGACAUGUUACAUUUGUAAACACAUAAUUUGUCUGUAUUCUGCAUAUAUAAAAAAGAAGAGCAAACUUGGGAAGAAGAAGUACAGAACCAAAGGUUCCCAGGAGUUCAUAUUUCCAUUUAUUUUGUAUACUUUAAACUUGUUUGAAUCUAUUAAAUAUAUAUAUAGAUUACACCCAUGAGAAGUCUUGUAGCAUUCCAGCAUACCAAAGGAAUAUUUGGGCAUAUUUCAACAACUGAGCAAAUACUCUCACUUGAUGACAGUCAUCUGAACGAAUGAAUUAACCAUUGACUGCUUACUUAAACUUUUCUGGCUCUUUUCAUCAGCACAGAAAUGUACUUGCUUACAUUCUUCUUGCACAGCCUGGAAGCUCUUCACUUUAGCUGUGAGGCAGUUUAGGAGACAUGGCUAUAAAUGCUUGCCAAGGAUCAGAGGGAAUUUGGAUUUGCCUUAAAAUUACAGAGGGCCUCACAAAUAUGCAGCUAAUUUGGCACGUUCCAAAUAAGAUGUUGUUUGAAUCUUAUUAGUAAUUGCAUUUAAACAAAAAUUAGCAUUUUUAGAGAAAGAUGUGGGAGACUGGAGUCCAGUAAAAAGAGGGUUAUCUCAAAAUAUUGGGUGCAAUACUUUUGUUUAAUCAUGCGUCUUGCCCUACAACUUCAUGACAGAUGUUUGGAAUGCAAAUAAAUUAAUUGGGUUUACUUGAGAGUAA